UACUACAAUUUAUACAAGACUCGCAGUCACACACACUCUCUCUCACACACACGCACAUCAGAAGUUCUAUCCAUUUUCCGAUCAAUCCAAUCAAGUUUCCCCUUAAGGUUUCGACGACAAGUUCAGAUCAAUUCCACAUACUACUUCCCAGUUGAAAUUCAGAUCCAAGUUCGCGUUCUCUCAAUCAUAAGCAUGCCGUAAAUUCUUCGUGUUACUUUGAUCGAACGCUCCGCACACAGUUGGAUUGCGUGAAAGCAUCCAAAAAAGGGAGAUUCGUGAAUCUAAGAGCAUCGGAUAAUGCAUCCGGUGCUUUCAAUCUACUUUCUAUCGCUCACGCGCCCGCAUAUGACGUCGUACUACGAUGGCUCGUCUUUUCAUCGCCGGAAACAUCUUCAGAAAAGUGAUCGACGCGGUAAUCUUAGCAGUUAACGUUUUCUCCGCAAGAUCUUAGCUUAAUUUUUCGCGAAGGUUUCAGUUUCGAACGUUUUCGUGCUGUUUGUCGGUUCCGACGUGAUAUUGUUAGUGUGUCUCGAUACUAUCAGUGAACCAGUGGUGGAUCUAAUAUUGUUGGCAAUCUAGCUGUCUCGAUUUGACGAUCUUCUGUUCUUCCUGUGGAUCGGAUCUCGUUUUGGAGAUAUUAACUAUUGAGGAUUCUCGACGGGUGUUGGACCGAUAUAAGCUCUUCUAUUCAACCUCAGUUGUGGAUGGAAGGUUCUGUUCCUAGUGAUACACUGGCUUCCCAAGAAUCAAGCAGCAACAGUGAGCCUGUGACGACUCCUAGUAUCCAAAUUCAAUACGGAUCAGGAGAUCUUUCUAUGAAUGAUCUGAAAAUGUGCUUGAAUGAAUUUAUAAGUGUUGAAGACGUUGGAAUAUCAACUAGUGGCUUAUCGGCUGGAAGCAAUAUCAAAUGUGAUUUUGUGGUGGAAGAUGACUGCAACUACUCAAACAAAUCGGGCGACAAUCUUCCUGAGUCCACGUCUUCUGCUACUCGUUCCAAGCUUGCAUCUGCCAUGAAAGGUAGCCGUGAAAAGCAGGGUAUACCGCCUAAGAAGCUGUCCGUCACUUGGGCCCCUGAUGUAUACGAUCCAAUUCCAACAUCGGUAUCUCAUGUACCAUCAAGCAGGAAUCAAUACCUCCGCAAUAAUGGCAGGAAAUAUGGGAAGAACAAACAGAAAGGAGGUGGAAAAUCCUCGAGAGGGGGCAAAGGCAAAGACAAGAAGCAAGCUCGGAAGAAUGGCGGCACCACCAGUAAAUUCAAGUCUGUACAUGAUGACAGUGUGGCUAGCUUCUCUGAGCCUGAGGCAGGCAUCAUUGAUUUCGACGUUGUCGGCACAGAUCCAUUCUGUGGAAGUAGCUUUCUCAAGGAAUCGGUCCAGAAAUUGCACUUCCCCGUUGCGGAGGCUACACGAUGACGUGCAUUCAUGGGCUUGCCUUGCAUGUUUUCUCCCUCCAAUGUAAACAAAUAAGUAGUCGUUAAGAGUUUGGAUUUUUGAGAAAGGGAACGAAUUGUGUUUGUGGGACACUAUAGUAUUCUGAAGUUUGGUGCCGAAUCUGCACUUCGUGCAUACAUGUAUAGCAAAUCUACACCUAUCAUCCAAGAGAUUUAUUUUAUGUAA